AUGAUGAGCCGCUCGGCAACCCCCAUAUCUACGACACAGCGCAGAACAGAGGACAUGAAGCUGGCCAUUCGUGACUGGGAGGAGUCAUGGUGCAGAGCGAAACCCAAUUAA